ACACCCUUGGAAAGCAACUCAACGAUGCGUGGGGAAGUCAACACAACACUCGUGACCCCCCCAGCAAGGAAUACAACGCUCCUGACCCCCCCAGAAAGUAAUGUCACAGUCGUGGACCCCCCAGAAAGCAACAAAACAAUCAUGACCCCCCCAGGAGGCAACACCACAUUUCUGCCCCCCCCUGAAAUUGAAACCACGGCACCAACGCCCUUGGAAAGCAACACAACAACCGCGCCGCCAACACAUGGGGAAGUAAACGCAACAUUUGUGACCCCCCCAGGGAGAAACACAACACUCCUGCCCCCCCCCGAAAGCAAUGUCACAGUUCUGGCACCCCUAGAAAGCAACACGACGUUCCUGGCCCCCCCAGAAAGCAAAACCACGGAGCCAACACCCUUGGAAAGCAACGCAACGAUGCAUUGGGAAGUCAACACAACGCUCGUGACCCCCCCCAAAAGCAACGUCACCCCUCCGACCGCCCCCACCAACAUGGCGGCCACCACAGGGACACCCCCGUCCCCUCCCAGCACCACCGGUGUCACCACUGUCACCAACAGCACUGUCUCGGACAUGAUCUGCCUCUUCCUGCCACAUGGGUCCAGCCCUCCGGCCAUCACCUGCCUCAACGGCGGCGUCGCCAACCGCACCGAGUGCCUCUGCCCGCCCGGCUUCUCCGGCCUCACCUGCGAGAGGCCAGACGCCGCCGCCCGCUGUGCCGCCGGCAGCACCGCCGUGGGUGACCGCUGCGUCUGCCCCCCGGGGCUGUCGGGACGCCGCUGCGACAUCCGCGACGAGGCCACCGCCUGCCAGCACGGGGGCACGGCCGUGGGCACUGAGUGCUAUUGCCCCCCGGGCUUCAAAGGGCCCCGGUGCGAGAGGCGAGGUGCCACCACCACGACCAUGACCAUGACCACGACCAUGACCAUGACCACCACCAGCACCGCAAUGCCCGCUCGCCCUACCACCAAGGCCACGCCGAGGAGCACCAGGAGAACCACCACCACCGCCAUCCCUACCACCGCAGACCCCUGCCUGAAUGGGGGGUACUGGACGGGGACCAUUUGCCUGUGUCCCCCCAACGUGGACGGAGCCUACUGCCAGUUUGGGGCCUCGACCAUCAACAUCACAGCGGAGCUGGGUCCCAGCGUGGCGCUGAUGGCGCGCGUCACCAACCGCCGCUUCUCCGGGGACAUGGGGGACACCUCGUCCGCCGCCUUCCGCAGCUUCGCGGAUGAGUUCAGCCGGACGAUGGAUCGGGUCUACCAGAAUGUCUCCGGCUACCGUGGCACCCGGGUGCUGGCUCUGACGGAAGGCAGCGUGGUGGUGAACUACAAAGUCCUGCUGCAGCCUCCAGCCGGGGGCCAAGCCAACGCCAGCCUCGGCCAGAGGACUAGGGAGCUGCUGGAGGCUUCGAACGCAGCCAUCCAGCCCCAAAACUGCAGCGAAGGAGGGGAAGGGCUCUGCUUUGGUGCGCUUGCCUCCCGGAGGGCCUUCGCCGCUGCACCGGAGCUCAACACCACCGAGCUCUGCCGGAAGUACACGCCGGCCAACUUCAGCCACUUCUACUACCCCUACUGGAUGAAGAACAGCCUCCUCUGCGUCACCAACUGCACCCUCAACGUCCCCGGCACCAUCGACUGUGGCCCUGGGCUGUGCCGGGUGACAUUGGAUGGGCCCCGCUGCUUGUGA